AUGGCUCAACGGGGCCUGUUAUCUGCUCCUGCCUCCAGACAAGACAUUGUCAGCGCGCUACUCAACGAUUAUGGCAACUCCUUUGGCCGAGGCGACGCAUCUCCAUCAGCGUAUUCACCUGUGCCUGCGGAUAAGGAACUUCCUCCACCCCCGCCGCGAUCAGAUAGCAUUGCGCGCAAACCGCUACCAGCUGCGCUGAGGAUGCAAGCAAAAUUUCAACUGAGAGAUGAUCAAGACGCUCCUGUCUUUCCAGCAAGUCCAGUUCCAGGAUCUCCACCAAGAAGAAGAAUUCAAUCACGUAGCCUGUCUCGUGAAUCUAAACCAGCAUCUCUGAAGCUCACCAUCAGCAACGGAUCAACAGCAACAGUCCCCCCUACCCCAGUAUUUCCGGCACGAUCUGAGUCUCUCCCUUCCUCAGGGGCAGAGGAGAAGGAUCUUCCACCUCCACCACCAGCCAAGUCGGAAAGGCGGAAGUCAAUCAAGCAGUUUGAUACAAGAAACGGCUCUUCACUGCCAGCAACAGAUCUUUCGAGGAACGACUCACUUCUUUCCCAAGACGGGAACAGAGACCCGACAGAAGUGUCUAACGAAACUAUCUCCCCGAUCAUCAAGCGCAAAGCAGUUCCAGACCAAGGACUCAAGAAGUUCAAGAGCUUGGCUGAAUUGACUAACGGACCACGAGGAAGGAAGGGCGCUCCGAUGCCUCCUACAUCUGCACCCAGAGACCUUAGCGUAGACAGUCAACGAUCAGAUGCUAUGCCCCGGAAGGCCAGUGUCGAUAGUCAAGCAAGCAUGGUAGAGGAGCAGCCGCGUAACAUGGAAACGCAACUUCCGCCAACGCCAGAUGAGGAACAAGAAGAUGCCAAAGUCCCCGCGCCUCCCAAGAAAGUUUUCACAGGCCUCCCGUCGAACCCUCGUGUCAAAGCCCCGGCCUCGCCUCUCCACGCCCGCGGUAAAAGCAGCACAGGUUUCAACGUUUUGAAGGCAAUGAGGCCGGCUCCUCCAAUUCCCACGAAAGAUGUACAUACGAUUACGCCCGAGAUGACACCUUCUCCGACGCUGAAGCCAGUCUUAGCCAAGAAGGAUGGUGAGAUCUCUCCGGUCUCACCAUUACCACCUCCAAGUGAGAGGAGACCAUUCAGUUACGAGCCUGCUGCUGCUGUUACCGCUGUUGAGCCCCAGCAAAAGCCAGUGGAACAAGAACAACCAUCAGCACCCCAAACCACCACAAUUCCAGCCGAGACCCAAAUACCCGUCCGAACAAUAUCUCUCGACCUUCCCGAGCCAUCCCCAGGCGUCCGACCCACGAGCGCUCCAUCCCGCCCAACAUCCUCCGACCUACAAGAUCUAAACCUCUCUCCCUUCCCUGGUCCUUCCGUCCCAACAUCUCCCGUCGACAACGCUCCCACCGAAACCACGACACCAGCAUCACCCCCUCCCUUCACACCUUUGACCCGCCACCCGAUCCCCUUACCCGUCUCUUACAUCCCACGUAUAACGCCCUCGCAACUCUCCUGCUACACUGGACAUCGCCACAACAUCUGGUCCAACAACAUCUUUCAGCCCAUGGGCUGCAUGGUAUGCCAUGAAAACGACAAAGACAGGAAGUGGGCGUGUACUUGGUGUCAGUUGCGUAUCUGCCGCGGCUGCAGUGAUGAAUUGAGGGCAGUUCCUGGAAGGGAUUUGGGGAUUCUGCUGGAGGCGAGGGCGAAGGGGCAAGCCGUAGUGGCUGAGGGGAUGAAGAAGUUGGAGCAAGAGGAGGGAUUUAGGAUGGUUGUCGAGGAUGCUGACGGCGAGGAGGAGGGUGAGAGAAGAGACAGGGAAAGGGGUGCUUAA